GGUGAACCUUGAUGCUUUUCGUUUUAAACGAAGAUUUCCGACAUUUUCUUUUUCUUUUUGAAAAAUAAGAACGGAAGGAGUUUUUUUUAAAAGAGUUGUUGCUGCGCGUGUGCAUGCGUUGGACACGGUCUGGACGACGGUAAAAAAUCAUUGAACGGAGUUAAAUACAAACCAUGCGUGUAAAUACUCCUAAGAGGUGGCAAGUAUGAGAGGAGUUAUUUCUUUUAAGUUUUAUAUAAUUUAGUGACAUGAACGCUGGAAUAGCGUCAUUUUGCAUAAAACUGAGUAAGUUCGAAAUGUCCCUCAACUUAUGAAAAUAUUACAUUCUGUGCAUUUCAAAAUCUCACUGCCUUGACAGAUACCAAUGACACUUGCAACCAAAUGGGAAAACGCUUUCAUUAAUUACAUAACACAUUUAGUUUACUAAUUAUAUGCUAUUUUCUCUACACGUAACGUACAAAGUCGCGUUAAGGACGACGUCAGUAUACUUAUAGUGCCGUUUUAACUCCGUUUUCGGGGCUGGUGCAUGUAGGAUUAUCGUGAAUUCUGGGAUUUCUUACAGGAAUUAUAUGAUAAGCCUCCAUUGAUUUUAAUCCGGAAAGUCUUCUUCGACUAUAUGUUGGCGUGCACGAUGUUCAUAUGCUGUCGCAAGGCGUAGACAGACCGUUGGCCAUAUCCUCGUUGAUACACUUUGAUAUCUGAGCGGGACCGUUUCAGAACAGAAACAAUGGAAGACCCGGAGGAGAACGAGGAGUUUAUGCCAUUCCGACUUUUCACCCGAAAUUCUCUGUUUGAGAUUGAGAAGAGGAUCGCGGCGGAAAAAGCUAAGGCCGCAUUAGAGGCAGCUAAGGACUCCGACGAUGACGAAGGUCCAGCCCACCAAGAAGAACCAUUAAAGCCAAAUGUUAAACUUGAAGCCGGGAAAAAGUUACCUCCAACUUUAGAAGAUUAUUUUCUACCAGAACACAUUGGUCGACCUUUAGAAGAUAUAGAUGAAUAUUACCAAAAUAAGAAGACAUUCUGUGUAAUAGGAAAAGACAAGACUGUUUUCAGAUUCAGCGCCACAGAUGGGUUCUUUCUGCUUAGUCCAUUCAACCUUCUACGUAGAAUUGCACUUUACAUUCUAGUUCAUCCAUGGUUUAGUAUUUUAGUUAUGCUCACCAUUCUAGCUAAUUGCGUGUUCAUGACCAUUAACCACACAAAGGAAGUGUCCACUAUGGCAGAGUACGUGUUCACCGCCAUUUACACAGUAGAAUCUUUAGUAAAAAUGACUGCGAGAGGAUUUCUUUUGCAACCGUUUACAUAUCUCAGAGAUCCAUGGAACUGGCUGGAUUUUGGUGUGAUAGCCAUAGCGUACAUGACAAUGUUUAUCAAGGCAUUAGGAAAUUUGUCUGCCCUAAGAACAUUUAGAGUGUUGAGAGCGCUCAAAACCGUAGCAGUAGUACCUGGUCUUAAAACCAUCGUGGGUGCCUUACUGGAAGCCGUUAUUAGAUUACGUGACGUCGGUAUUCUCACGUCAUUCGUGUUGUCAAUAUUUGCUUUAGUCGGUAUGCAGUUAUAUAGUGGAAGAUUAAGGAAUAAGUGUGUGCUUAAUACCAACCUUAAUUUAACUGAUGAGGAAUGGUUUAAUUACACAAGGACUGAAGGCAACGUUUAUCAGUUGGACAAUGGUGAAUAUCUUGUCUGCAGCCUCAGUAAAUAUGGCGGAAAAUGUCCGGCCAACUACACCUGUCGGGAAGAUAUAGGAGACAACCCAGAUUUUGGGUUUACAAGUUUUGACAACUUUGGUUGGGCUUUACUCUGUGCCUUUCGUCUAAUGACCCAAGAUUAUUGGGAAAAUCUCUAUAUGUUGGUUCUCCGAGCCGAGGGUCUGCCACAUUGUAUAUACUUCAUUCUAGUCAUCCUGUUGGGUUCUUUUUAUCUGAUCAAUCUUAUUCUGGCCAUCGUCGCCAUGUCGUAUGAUGAACAACAGAAGGCGGACAAAGCGGACGAAGAAGAACUGGCUGAAGAAAAAGCGAUGUUUUCAUGGCCGUCCUUCAGCUCCUCAGAGCCAAGCGAGACAAAAAUAGAUAAUUUAACAGCUGACAUCGAGGAAAUGAUCGAUGAACUUGCCAAGAGUCCAAGUACGGCCUCAAAUAUCAGUGAUCCGCCGUUCAGCCCUGACAAAGUGGAGGACAGUGUUGACGGAAUCUCUGUAUCAUCCGAAAAGCAUUCCGACGACCCAAAUCGUCUUCAAGUCGGUCCUCAUAAGGCCAGUUUUAGUCUACCAGGUUCUCCUUACGUUAGAAGGCGGCGCUCCACAAGAAAAAUAAGUCUGUCAUUAGCAAAACAAAAACUACGUCAUCACACUGAACGGCAGCCAUUGGUACAUUUGGAGUCCCUCAACCUUCCUUACGCUGAUGAUUCAAAUGCUGUCACUCCUUCCUCUGAUGAUAUAAGACUAUGCAAUAUACCCUCUAAAUUCUCAAUGCUAUCAAGACGUGCUUCCUUGAGACGGGCUUUUGACGAUUCCUCUCGUCGUAGCAGUUACGCUUCAGUGACAAGCAGAACUUCCCAUAGGCACUCGCCUCACUCGCCGGAUAAAGAUAAACUAUCUAAAUUAAUGGAAGCAUUUGACAGGAAAAACAAAACUCAUCUGUCACCUGAUGUUUACCUGGAUAAGUCGAAAUUGGAAGGCAAUGAUGAUUCUGAGUGUGACUUUAGUAAACGGUCAAAGACUUCAUGCAGAACACCCAGUGCUUCACAAGUAGACCCAAAAGAUGUGAUGGUCCUCAGAGAACUAAUAGAUCAUGUUGAGGUUGCAUCAAGAAGAAAAAGUGGAUUUAGUGGAAGCAUUUUUAGCAUAGAAAAAGAACCUCUAAAGGAUAAAGUGUAUAGACUUCUCUGCAGUUGGGAGGUUCCAUGGUGGUUCGCAAAAAUUCAAAAGUGGGUUGGAUUUAUAAUUCUGGAUGCGUUUGUGGACUUAUUCAUCACUCUAUGCAUUUUAGCUAAUACUGGAUUUAUGGCUUUAGACCAGCACGGUAUGUCUGAGGAAAUGGGAAGAACGUUAGAACUUGGUAACAAAGUGUGUUCUUAUAUAUUUGCUGCAGAGGCGUUCUUGAAAAUCAUUGCCCUUGGCUUUAUCGUGUACAUAAAAGAUGGAUGGAACUGCUUUGACUUUUUUAUCGUCAGUCUGAGUUUUUUAGAAAUGUUACUAGAGGGUGUGAAAGGACUCUCGGUCCUCAGGACGUUCCGUUUGCUGCGUGUGUUUAAACUUGCAAAGUCGUGGCAGACAUUGAACAUGCUCAUCAGUAUUGUAGCUCGAACUUUGGGAGCUUUAGGCAACCUAACGUUUGUCUUAGGAAUAGUCAUUUUCAUAUUUGCUGUCAUGGGACAACAGUUAUUUGCCCAAGAUUAUGAUAGAUUUUACAUUGAUGAGACAAAGGAGGGACUUCCAAGAUGGUGUUUCAAAGAUUUUCUACAUUCGUUUAUGAUAGUUUUUAGAGUUUUAUGUGGAGAAUGGAUACAGUCUAUGUGGUACUGUAUCAGAGCUGUGGGGAAUGUGUGUAUUCCUUUCUUCUUGCUGACUUAUGUGAUAGGAAACUUAGUGGUUCUCAAUUUGUUUCUUGCCUUACUGAUUUCCUCUUUUGGCACUGAGAACUUACAAAACGAUUCUGGGGAAGAAGAAGCCGGAGCACCUAACAAGCUUGCUGAAGCUUUCAAUAGAUUUUCUAGAUUUGGAAACUGGGUAAAAGUUCAUAUUAUCGUAUUAGUGAAACGAACCAAGGAAGGUAAACGACCAUUACCAGUUAAUGUAGAUACGAAUGGAAAGAAUGGAACAAUGCUAGAUGGAACCGUCAUUGGUAAUGGAAAUGUGUGUGAAAUGACGCUUGAUGAAAAUGGUCACAUGACACCCACUACUAAAGCAGAAUUAAAUGGAGACACGGUUGAUGCCAUGCUGUCAGAGCCCUCUACCAGAACACCUAGUCGGGCGUCCGAGGCGGGAGGAAAGAGCAUUGCCUCUGAUUCAGAUGCUUCAACCAUGUCAGAUGCUGAAACACAAAGUUUGAAGAAAGUUGAGCUCGAUGGGGAACCAGAAAUAAACGAAGUGGAUGUUGAAUUUGCUGAAUAUCCAGAUGACUGUCUCUGUAGUGUCUUUAAAAGGAAGUUUAAAUGCUGCAGGACGAUAGAAGAUACUGCAAUAGGAAGGUUUUGGUGGGAUUGGAGAUGCAAGGCCUACAGAUUAACUCAGCAUAAAUACUUCGAAACAUUCAUAAUUACCAUGAUUCUCGUUAGCAGUUUGGCUCUGGCUUUAGAAGACAUCUACCUACCACACAGGCCCUGGCUAUUUAUAACGCUUGAAUAUAUGGACAAAGUUUUCACUGUUGUCUUUCUUCUAGAAAUGUUUCUAAAAUGGUUCGCAUUUGGUUGGAAAUUCUACUUUACUGAUGCGUGGUGUUGGCUUGAUUUUGUUAUCGUGGCUAUUUCAAUUAUUAUGGUUGUUGCAAAAGUGUUUGAUAUUGGAGAUGCAGAAGCGCUAAAAGCGAUGAGGACAUUGAGGGCUUUUCGGCCUCUUAGGGCUGUGUCAAGAUGGGAGGGAAUGAGGGUGGUUGUGAAUGCAUUGAUAAAAGCUAUACCAUCAAUUUUCAAUGUGCUACUUGUGUGCAUAGUGUUUUGGCUCAUCUUCUGCAUUGUCGGUGUCCAGUUCUUUUCUGGAAAAUUUUUCAAAUGUGAAGAUGAAUUUGGAAAUAGACUAAAUGCUACUAUAGUUCCAAAUCAGACAGAAUGUAUAGCUCAAAAUUACACGUGGGUAAAUUCGAAAAUCAACUUCGACAAUGUGGUAAAUGCCUAUUUGGCUCUAUUCCAAGUGGCCACAUACAAGGGUUGGAUUGGCAUCAUAAAGGACUCGGUCGACAGUCCGAGCGAAAAAGGCCAGCAACCGAUUGACGAACAAAGCCAACUAUAUUAUCUCUAUUUUGUUUUAUUCAUUAUCUUCGGAUCAUUCUUCACACUCAACCUCUUCAUCGGUGUCAUCAUCGAUAACUUUAACAAACAGAAGAAGAAGGCAGGUGGUUCAUUGGAAAUGUUCAUGACAGAAGAUCAGAAAAAGUAUUACAAGGCGAUGAAGAGAAUGCAGGCCAGAAGUCCAAUAAAGGCCAUUCCACGUCCUAACUGGUUUCCAGCAAAUCACCUUUUUGAUCUGACGACGAGCCAGAAAUUCGACAUUCUUAUCAUGAUUGUGAUUAUGCUCAAUAUGGUGACCAUGACGAUGGAGCAUUAUGGCCAGACAGAAACUUUCACCGAUACUUUGUACUGGGUGAACUUCAGCUUCAUCGUCAUAUUCACAGCGGAGUGUGUCAUGAAACUCCUUGCCCUUAGACAAUACUACUUCAAGAUCCCGUGGAAUGUCUUUGACUUUGUAGUUGUCGUUUUGUCAAUAUUAGGUUUAGCGCUUGGAGGGUACUUAGAAGAAUUUCUAGUUUCUCCUACCUUACUUCGAGUCGUUCGUGUCUUCCGGGUUGGCAGAGUGCUACGUUUGGUAAAGUCAGCUAAGGGGAUUCGAACUUUGCUUUUUUCGCUCGCCGUAUCACUGCCAGCUUUGUUUAACAUUGGUUUAUUGUUGUUCCUCGUACUAUUCAUCUAUGCUGUAUUUGGUAUGAAUUUCUUCAAGGAUGUUCAUGUACCAUACGCUGGUUUGGACGAUGUUUUUAACUUUCAAACAUUUUUCAAAAGUAUAAUUACGCUGUUUCAAAUGUGCACAUCCGCGGGAUGGGAUGGUGUUUUAGAUGGUUUGAUGAAUACCGAGGAUUGCACGAAAAAGGAUGAAGAAGGGAAAAACACAUGUGGAAACUAUCCAUUAGCAGUGUUGUAUCUUAUCACGUAUCUCGUUAUAAGUUUUCUAGUUGUAGUGAACAUGUAUAUAGCUGUCAUUCUGGAGAAUUUCAGUCAAGCAACUGAAGAUGUUCAGCAAGGUUUAACUCCGGAAGACUUUGACAUGUAUUAUGAAAAAUGGGAAAAAUACGAUCCGGAUGCAACGCAAUAUAUUCCACUGGAGAAAUUAUCCGAUUUUGUUGACUAUUUAGAUGAACCAUUGCAGCUUCCAAAACCAAACUACUUUUUAUUGGUGAAAUUAGAUAUACCAAUUUACGAAGGAGAUUUGUGCUUUUGUCGUGACAUUUUAGAUGCUCUGACAAAAAAUUUCCUCGGGACUUCAGAUACGGGUGACAUUCCCGCGGAGGAAGCUGGAGAUAAGAAAAAGAUUGAAUACGAAGUUAUAAGUAGUACAUUGCUGAGACAAAAGGAACAUUACGCUGCAAGAAUUAUCCAAAAGGCGUAUCGAAAUUAUCGUGCAGCUCACGGAGGCUUCCCAGACCCACCACCUUAUGAUGUUGCCAUUGACAUUGCUGGUGAUAAUACUGAAAGUAAUUUAAACGUUGAAAGACAUCAAGGAAAUGAAAUUAUAGAAAUGCAAGAUAUUCCAAGCAAAGAAUCAGAAGAAAAAGAUAAAGAGAAGGAAAAGGAUAAAGACAGUAAUGAAAAUUUUGAUAGAGGUGAAUCUGAUCAUACAAUUGUUGAAGUAGACUUAAAACCAGAUAGUGACGUUGUUGCAUGACAACUGGUGAAACGUUGAAACUCAUAUUAUACUUAUUUCUUUUUUGAAAAGAGUAGUAAGGUACAUUGUGAUAUUAAUUCAAAUGCUGAUGUGGAAGAGGUUCCUGACAGGGUGUUUUUCACACAACGAUUAAUAUAAAGUCUGUUUAUUCAUAAAAAUGCAACAAAAAUGUGAUUACAAUGAUAGUAGUAACGUAAAUAAAAAUUUGAAUGGCAUCAAAUGACUUAAGAUGUAUUUAGUACGAAACUGAAUAGCUGUAAAAGCUCUGAUAUUGUUUGAUUUUUAUUUAUACCGCUUUAAAAAUAAUACGAUGAUGACGUCUAUGUUAUAGUGUGUAACUAAAACAGUACAUUGAGUAUUUACACACAUUUACCAGGAACUAUCAAAAUAACGUUCAGAUUUAUACAUUGUUUUAUAACAAUACGUCAAUACAGAAUGCUUUACUGAUUAUGGUAUGUUUUUCAUGACUAUAGCUGUAAGAACAAGUAAGCACAUGUAAUAAUCACAAAGUAGAAAUAUUGUUUGUGUCCAGGGCUUUUAUAUUUUCAAGUAUAUAUUAUGUUAAAUGUUAUGUAAAACACAACUCGACAUCAACACCAACUUAUUCCAUUAUCUCAUUGAUAUCCAUUUAAGACGAUGCAAUAUAAAUAAGCCAUUUUUGCGUUAGUAAACUUGUCUGUUGAUUGGUGGGUUGUAAGAAUUAUGUGUAUAUGUUAACUUUACCUCUUGUUAUUUGGUUUUUACUUGCUAAAUUUUGCACGGCAAUAACAUAUGUUAAGUUUUAUAUUGUAUUGUGUAUAUGUUUAUAUGAUUGUUAAAUUUUAACUGACGAAUUCUUAUAGCCAGAAUGUAUUAGCUUUUUAGGCUCAAAUGAUGUAGCCAGUUUGGCAUUCUUCUACUACUUUGACUGUGUUGUUUCUAGAUCUGUAUGAAAAAAAAACAAGAAAAACAAUAUGCCUACGCCUAAGCUUGCGCAUGUGAUGAGUAGUAAAGAAACAUUGUGUUGUCGUUUAAAGGCUUUAUCUAUGCACUCUGUUUACAUAGUAUACCACCGUAAUGCCACUUGUGAUUAAAGAUAUCUGUCGUGCCAAAAAUGGUAUCUUUACAGAAAUUGUAUUCCCCGACGUUUAUUGUCAGAAUUUCAAACAAACUUGGACCUAAGAUUGCAUCAUUCCGUUUGCUAAACUUUCAUUUAUAAAUCUGUAAGAGAGUCUGGAAGAAAAGUUUUACUACAUAUCUAACGUUGAGUUUCAACAAAAUCAGUACCUCGUUGCCAAAUUGACAAACACUUUCAAACCGUCUCUGAGUCUAAGUCUGCAACUCCUAAUUAAAGAGAGUUGUCGUGCUUCCACUUCCGCUUCAAAUGGAAUUGUGGGUGUAAGGAAUGCCAACUUAUAAAGGAUUCUCGCGGCAUUGCACAGUUGUCUGUCGUAUGAUGAUUGAUAGCAUGUUUUUAUUGCUUACUGGAUCAAAGACUGUCUGUGAUUUUUCUUCGAGUUUGACUUUAUUUUAUUCAUGUAUUUAACAUGGAAUGUGUUACUUUCUAGGAAUUGUAAACAUUGUCUGCUACAAAUAUUCCAUACACCAUUUCAUAAUCUUUUAUGGCACUGGUUAUGAGUGUCCUCUAUGUUUUAUUUUUGUCAUAACAAGUAUGUGGUUCGAAAGUCUGAACUUUACGCUUGAAACACGACACUAAAACAUAUAACUGGUUUUUAAACAUAUAUUCAUAGAAAAACAUGUGUUCUAUUCAUCGAUAACAAAUGUAGAAAAUGUCAAAAGAAAUAAUAUAGAGUUGGACACUUUAUAAUAACCAUUUUACUUCUAAUACCAAGCCAGAUGUAAAACUUACCUCCAUUAUUUUGUGUGCCUAUCAAUAAGUAUAAGUUAAACUGACAGAAAAGCAUGUUUUCUACUUGCAACUCCCUAGUAGAGGUUGUAUCACCAAGUACAUGUUAAAGAUAAGAAUAAGUAAACUUCAAAUAAAUCAAAGCGAAUGCGUUAAAACUUAAAAAUAAAGUCUUUUUACAUAUUAUGUAAUAUAUUUUAUUGAUGGCAUAUUUACGGGCUGAAUGUAAUACGUGUAUCUGAAAUAUAUUUAAAUGUUAAUUGUGGCUUACUGUGUUUUUGUCCCGAGACGGGCAUUUCAACCAGUCAUUUACAUCAGUUUUUAUCAUUGUUUGAUGAAUAAACGUAUCAUCUCAUUAAUUUGCUAAUGUCAUUGUUCAGAUACGAUCAUUACUUCAUAAGCAUCAUGUCAUUACAAAAUUAUCAUCGUGUCUCGGCUGGUGUCAUGUUGUACAAUCAAAUUACCCUCUUCUCUGACGUAGUACUCAUCUAGCAAAUAUUACAUUUGCAAAAUCUAAUUACUUAUUCUUAGAUAUCUUUAAUUAUUUUUUUACUUUAUUAAUUUGAUAUCACUAUGGAAAUGUUUAAUACACUAUUAUAUGUAAUGCGAAUAUUAUAUUCAGUUUUCGGUAAGACGGUUUAGUUUUCUAAUUCACAUUAGAUAUGAAUAUUAACUUUUGGAUAAGAUGGUUAAAAUAUUAAAUUCACUUCUGGAUAUGAUGGUUCAGAUAAAGUCACUUUACGGAUAUGAUCAUUCCCAUGUCAAAUUCUUUGUCUGAUAUGAAGCUUAAAGUGUUAAAUCCGCUUUGAGAUAUGAUAAUUCACUUUUGGAUAUUAGUGUUCAUAUAUGAAAUUCACUUUUUGGACAUGAUGUUUCAGAUGUUGAAUUCGCUUUUUUAUAUGAAACUUAAUGUGUUGAAUUCGCUUUUAGAUAUGAUGAUUCACUUUGGAUAUGAUGAUUCAAAUAUUUAAUUCACUUUUAGAUAUGGUGGUUCAAAUAUGGAGUUUACCUUUUGAACAUGAUCAUUCAAAUGUUAAAUUCACUUUUUGUUAUGAAACUUGAGAUGUUGAAUUCGCUUUUUUGUAUGAUAACUCAGUUAUGACUUUUUUUGGAUAUAAGGGUUUUGCGUUAUGUGAACAUCUAAAUUAUCUCUUUUCAGCCAUAUGUGCGUUGUUUUGGUAGAUAAAUUUAACACACGAUAUCCUUAGAAUAGUACAGAAACAUGAGAAAUGACGUGCUAAUUCAUUCUUAUAACUAAUAAUUCUUAUACGAACUGACACACACACACAUUUAUGUUUUUGAUAGUUUCAGUUCUUGAGUUCUUCCAAUUUCUUUUCUGUCCCUGUGUUUCUGAUUUUUCAUUCUUCAUACCUAGCUCAUCCUUUCUCUUAUACGAUGCCUUUUUUUCUUCGGGUAAUAAUGUGAAGAAUGUAUGUGGUGCAUAAACAAAUACUGAAAACCAGAUUGGGAUACGUUAAUUUGACUUGUUCUUUACCACACCAAUCAGUGAUGGUUUGAAAAAAAAAUGUGAAAGAAAAACAGGGACAACAGUCCAACAAAAAGCUACAGUUUAAAACAUGCAGCCACCUAUACACUUUAUGGCCUUAAUUGGUCAUAAUUAACGCCAUUAAAUAGGCCAGUAGAGUUUCUUUGACCUUAACUGGUCAUAGUUGACUCCAUUAGAUAUGCAUGUACUAGAAGAAUUAAUUAAAUGAUAAAUUCCUAAAGGUUAGUGGCUUAGAUAUUUGGAAUACGAAUAAUUGUGAUCAACAUUCAGACAGACUCAGGAUUUUCCAAGUGAUUUACACGUGCGCAGACUCACGUAUGCGAUCAAUGAAAAAACAGAAAGUUCUACCUGACACCAAAGAGAGCGAGGCUUGCUUUUGUGUUGUUAAAACUAUCAGAAUAUUGUGUCGUUGUGUUUGAGAGAUUAUGUUGUGCCAUAUGUUCUAUGAAUGUAUUACGUGUUAACUAUUGCGUUCAUUCUGCAAUUUUCAAAUUAUGCUCAAAUUUUAUUAAUUCAAUCAUUUUUAUUCCAUAUUUGAUAAAAUGUGAUAUUAAUGUGUUUUUUCUCUCUAUACGUGUAUGUGUGUAUGAGUGUUAAGACUUAUUACAAGAAGGUGUUUCAUACUUUGUUGCAUAGUGAAGUCUCGUAAGAAAAGGCAUGGCAAAUUUAGCCAGCAAAAUAAACCCUUGCUAAUUUGGAUGUCAAAGCAUAUUUCAUUUCAUGUUAUUACUAGCUAAAUGUUUCGGCCAGGAACGAAAAGAAAUCAUUUGAACUUUUCUUAAUACUUGACAUGCCGGAUUUUGCAUAAAAGCAGAAAUGAGAGCCUUCGUAUUCCCUGUUGUCAGAACUAUGUUAUACUAUAUAACGUAUAAUGUUCGGCUGAUAUAAGUAAAACAGUACCUUCGAAGGACAGAACUGUUCACUUUGUAACAAAGUAUGGGAAGCAUAAUUAUAAAAUGAGCUCCUUACUCUUAGCAUAUCUUGCUUUAAAUCUUCGUGGAUUUUUUCAUCAAUAAAUAAGUUUAAAUAUUUGAAAUCAGUUUAGUUUAAAUCUGUGUUACUGUUAAUUCUAAACAAGCUUCUUGCAAAUGUAUAAGAAUAUAUAUUAAUUAUAUGCAUACGGCUGUAUGUUUAUAAUUAUACAAUUCUACUAUAAUAUAUUUUUGCCUUUUACAAUACAUACCUAUAUUAAAUUGUACAUCACAUGUAUAUUGUCACACGGACAGAAUUACUCCAAGGCACUUCUACGUUUGUUUAACAUGUGUAGGCGAACGAAAACGCCCGUCGCUCCAUUAUUUAUGUUUACAAAUAUAUGCUGAACUUUUAAAUUUACAAACAAAAAUAUAGAUUUAAUUUCUGGAAUGAUUUACCUUUAGAAAUAUUGAUAAUGUCAUCGUCUUUAGGAUGUAAAAAAGGCGUUUUCGUCCGCCUAUAUUGAAUGGGCGUGGAAGCUUUCGCCUCGGAGUAAUGUUGUCGUAUAGUCAAUAAUUAUCACAGAAGUGUGUUUUACAAUUAUCUUAAUCAGGAUUUAUGUUAACAAAGAUAUAAAUAACCAUCAAAUACUUUAAAUACCUUGAUAAAAUAAAAGCCAUGUUUGUUUUGUUCUAUUUAACAUACAGAAGCCCAUUUUUUCAACAUAACCUUUUUGUUGUUUCGAAAUUUUUCUUCGAAACAAAAUGCUUACAAAACACUUACGCAGUUAAUUUAUUCUUACCUUUUACGAGUACAACUUUUAAAUUCAAAGUGAGAAAAUGGAAAUGUGUUUUCUAUAAUAUUAUUAAUGUCAGCAUGUUUCAUCAUUAAGGUAUCAUGCAAGAAUGAAGUAUCUCUUUAAUAUAAUCAGGUAGGUCAUUCGUGUUCCUCGCCUUUCUACAAUAUGGGCACUUUCUUUCACUCUGCUUUAGUAUCCGCUAUAUUUUGCGCAUACGUCACUAUUAAUUUGAGUGUGACUGGGCACAGUCUUAGCGUACCUACAAAUUAGCGUCAUAUGAUUGGCAACAGCGCCUGCGCGAUAUAAUCGUCGAACAGAAUGACGCCAGCGCAUGCGCAUAAAAGGAACGCUGAGACUGUCCCAAGGAAAAAUCUAUUAAUUAUUGCCGUGGUUAACUUAGUUCAUGUAGAUUUUUUGUAAAUAAAAUUUUACACAUUACUGGAA